AUUAAUUGGAAAAAGCCCCUGCUCAUUUCUCUUUCUUGUGACCACAUCCACACAGCAAAGAGUGCCUGGGUCGGCUGGAUCAGCUGGGUAGUGUUGAAACGAGUGGAUUUACCUUGGGAGGAUUCUGUGCAGGCUCCAGUUCCUUUCCAUCACUUGUUUCCUCCUCUGCUCCAGCCUGGACGCCGUGUGAGCUGUAAGGGAAACUCUGAGACGCAGAAGCUGACGCCAUGGCCGGCCUAUCCUCCACAGAGUGCAUGAAUUUCAUUGAGAAUGUCAGUAAGUGUAUCACGGACUCCAUGAGUACAGAUGAUCUGCAGAGACUGUUAAAUUAUGAUAGCGUCUGGAAGAUGUUUGUGGAAGAAGCUGAAUUGUCCAGGGAUGAAGCACAGGAGUUGAAUAAUUAUUUGAAGAAACAUACAGCAAACAGCAAAAUGGUGGACCAAAAAAGACUCCUAGUGGAUAUCUUGGCUAAGGAGAAGUUUUUGGAAAUAUUUCCUAAGGAGAAAGCAGAAAUUGAGUCGUGUAUACAAAAACUUCAAGAGCUUGCGAAAGAGAUUGAUGAGACGCACAAGGGUUGCACCAUCUCCAACGUGGCCACCAGCUCUGUUGGGGCUGUCUCUGGGGUCAUGAGCAUCGCUGGCCUGGUUCUAGCGCCCUUCACAGCAGGGGGCAGUUUGCUGCUCUCAGCAGCUGGAGCAGGUCUGGGAGCAGCAACUGCUGCAUCUAGCAUUACCACUAUGAUUGUAGAAGAAACAAACACCCACUCAGCUGAAGCUAAAGCCAAAAGUAUUCUGUCAAGCAGUGAGGACAGUGUGAGGAAAUUGCUAGGAAAUGAGAUUUUUCUUAAAAUUGGUAGAAAUUUUUAUAAAUUCUUCCAUAACUUGAAAACAAUGGCAAGGAACAUCCGUGCUCGCAGGAUAGCCCUAGCCAACCCUCGCUUAGCAAGAGAUGCCAUCUGCUACAUAACCAAGGGGGGACUCUCAGCCCAACGGGUUCAGCAGGUACAAAAAGCAUUUCAAAAGACAGCCUUGUCAAUGAGCAGAGGAGCCCGGGUUGCAGGUACAGUGGUAAAUGGGUUCUUCCUUGGGCUGGAUGUGUACAACAUUGUGCAAGAUUCAAAGCAUUUGCAAGAAGGGGCCAAGGCACCCCUAGCUGAAGAGCUGAGGCAGAAGGUUCGGGAGCUGGAGGAGAAGUUGGAGGAACUCAUCCAGAUCCACAGGAUUUUGUGUGAAAUCUGACCCAAUGACCCCUCCCCACAAAAAUGCAUAGGUAAGGGUACAUGUUCUGGACAGAGUCAUGGACAGAUGAGAAAUUAUAAUAGGGGGAAAGGGAUGAAAUCAAGACCAUGCAACUAGAUAUUAAGGGACUCGGCACUUUUGUGGGUGACCAUAGUCAGGGAGGGGUUAAUGCAGAUUAGUUUGGUUAAAAGGAGGGCAAGAUGCAAGGAUAGUUCAACCACGAAAAUGAAUAUACAUGGUGUAGCACAUAAAUAAGAGCAAGGAUUAGCAUUGUAUCAUCUCAUUUGAUGCAGAAAAGGCCUUCACAAAAUUCAACCUCAUUUCCUGAUAAAAGGCUGAAGGAUCUAACAAGAGCAGGAUUACACCUCUAGGGUUCAUUUACCACAAAUCCACAAAGCCCAUCAUUCUGAACGGAGAAAAACUGAAAGAACUUAUUCUAAAAUUGGGGACCAGGUGAAGUUGCCCACUUACUCUACUGUUAUUCAGUGUAACUCUUGGAAUUUUAGACAGAGCAGUUAGUCAAGAGAAAGAAAAACAAUGUACAUAAGAAAA